AUGUCGAUUCGCACCCCCUCUCGACCAACUACCCCUGCAGCUAGCAUCAAGGGCUUGUCUAUUGGCCCCUUUCGAACACCUCGCUCGCGACCCUCCAAGUCGCUCCCGAACACAGUAUUUGGGGACAAUAACGAUGACCAACUAUCGAUAAGAGCGGGAAAGUUUGCGCGGAGCCACCGUCGGACAGCGAGCACCUCAGCCGCGUUGGUUGGGAGCAGCCAACACGACGGUGGCCCGCCAUCCUCAGCACCGCCUUUUGGCUCUACUUUUCCUCCGGUCGCUGGAGCACAUUACUUCCAACAACAAGGAACCCGCCCAAGCUUCCGCUCCUCUCUCCAGUCUCUCGCCCGGACGGGUAGCCUGUCGAGGAUCAAGUCUGCUGGUCGGCAUACGCGGAAUACAAGCACCGACGGCCAUCAUCCUGCUGAUUAUUGGGACGACGUCGAUAACCAAUCCAACGGCUCACGCUUCGACUUGCUGGACAGUGAUCCAUUCCGUUCAGAGUCGCCUGCGCCCGUGGAUCACUACAUCUCGGAGAUCGAAGAAACACCUCCCCCAGUCCCGCCUAAGCCCUUCCUCUCCUUCCAAAAGCCCGAGGCCAUAAACACGCGUUCGCCUGGUGGCUCCGAGGGCUCUCGAACUCCUACGAGCGCCACCGUCGCAGCCAUGAAGAACGCCUUUAGUCGACUUACCGGUAGUAAUCAUACGUCUCCGACAAUUGGUGCCAGCGGAAAGCCAAGGAAACGACUGCUGAGCUUCAUCCGAGAGGCAAAGACACCAGUCGUACCCGAGCCACCGGCCAAGGAUACACCUCAGCUGACGCUUCCAACCCUUGAUGAUGGUCCUCUGUUCGAUGCUGCAAAUUUUGAGCUGGACGACUUUGCCUUUGCGCGCUCGCCAAAGGCCAAUCGAAAGAGUAAUACGCUCUCCUUCCCCGUCGCUCAAAGCCCAUCGCCUCCUCAAGCUCCAAUAUCAAUAGCGGAGCUUCAGAGUCCAUCUGCAUUACAGCUUAAUCUGCACGGGGAUCUCGCUAGCUAUAUUAUUCCAUCGCCGACUCGCGACGAUGAGGGCGACGAGGAUGAAGCUCCAACUCCAGUAGCCACGACCUCACAGUUACGAAUACCACAAGGUAGGGAAGAAAAGGAGGUAGUUUCCUCCCUGGUCCCACCAGCCUGGAUCCUUGAGUUCCGCGAGGAACUUGAGAAGCUCGCAGGAGAGGCGCUAAACCUCACUUCCCUACCCGAUAAUAGGCUAGUUCUGGAACUUCCAGAGGCUCCUGGUAGCUCUCAUCGGCGUACUUUGGUUUUCGAGGACGUCUCUUCAAGACAUUCGAUACCAACAAUCCCGGAGAUAGAGGAGACACCGGUACUUCGUACGACUGGCCCUACUGAAGAAGAAACCACACCAGCUCUCACGUAUGACUCCGCUUCCAUUACGUCCACCUCGACCUGUUCGCGCGGCACGCCAAAAAGACCAACUCGCCCUAUCCCUCCUGUUCCGCCUGCCUUUGUUUCAGUGAAUACUUCUAAUAGAAGUAGACAGAGGGGUGGUAGCGUCAGCUCUCGAGUGGCCGACACAGCCACCUUGAACUUGGAAACACGCCCUCACCUUGAGGCCCAUCGCACGUCGCCGCCUGGGUCCAGUCGCCACAUAACAAGAUCCCCAGCGUUCCGAGUCGAGUCUCUGUAUACGAUCCAGUCGCGCUCAACGCAAUUUGACCCGGACCAGCACACUAUUCCAUCCAUCCCCGAUCAGGACUCGUACUUUGUCCGGGCCCCGACCUCUGAUUCUGAGUUUGAUUCGGAUACCGAAGAGGGAAAUAGCGUGUAUCAGAGCUUGGAGAAUAUUGACGAGGACCGCAUUGGUGACGAUCAGACGAUCCGCGCAGCCCUCGCUUUAGCAUCAGAGGGACCACAGUCAAAUCAGGAAGCGCCUCAAGAACUCGAGGCGAAUUCGGCACCCGCUUUUCAACCACGCAUCUCAAAGCAGGAGGCGAUUGAAGAAGCCAUUCAAAAAAUCCAGAGAAAGGCUGAACUUCAAUCCACCAACGUUCGUCUCGGUACCACAGAGGAAGAACAAUUAGAAGAACCCGAGGUGGAGGAAGAGCCAGCCGACGCCAAAUCCACCGUCACAAAUCUACUCAGGAGUGUGAGCAACCCGUUCUCGACCUCGACAGAAGAGCCACCGAAACCGCCGCGCAAAGUAUCUCUACUUCGCAAGCGUGUGCUUAGUCGAAGCCUAGGAGCAUACAAGCCGUCCCUCAAGUCGUCUUCGUCGUCGACUCACAGCCGUUCGACCUCGGAACCUAACAAUAGCAAACAUAAUUCGUUUUCCUCUUCUCUCUUUGGGGAAGAAAAGAGAAUUAUCGUCGCAGGACACCUCCCGCUAACGACCAGACAACCCGAACGACCUCUCCAAUCAAUCUUACAACCCAGCUCUUCGUUUGGGAACGGCUACAGCUAUAAUCAGCAUCGACAAUACCCUCAUCACGCACAGUAUCACACCUAUCGCGGCCACCCAGACCAGCCACCUGCAUUCUACGACGACUAUUACAGCCCUCCCGUCUACCUCGCAACGUCUACCCCCACUUUUGAGGUUCUCCCUCCUGCCGUCAUAAAACGACACGACACUGGGUCAGCAUCUUCCGCGAUUCCUUACCCUGUGGUCGAACCCACACCCCUUACACCCUCGUAUAGUACUCACAAGACUCCCGGAACACGUCAAGACGAGCUCUUCGUCGAACUCUAA